GCCAUCUCCGUUUUGUGCUUUUAUUCUUUAAAAGGGAGAGUUUUCACUUUCGGUCUGGCAGACGCGAUGAAGUGGCUGGUAGUUCUUUUUUGCUAUCUGGCCUGCUCCAGGGGGACAUUUCUGCUUCCGUUACUACUGUACAAUUUGAUUAAUCCAAGACAACCUGCGAUGACCCAUAAGCCCGAACCGCCUCAUUACGACUUCGUCAAAGUUUACGACCACUUCGAUCACCAUGGAGACCAUCACGACGAUCACCACGGUCACCAUGGAGACCAUCACGAUGAUCAUCACGACCACCAUUUAGACCAUCACGACGAUCACCACGGUCACCAUGGAGACCAUCACGACGAUCACCAUGACCACCAUGUAGACCAUCACGACGACUACCACGAUCACCAUCACUACAAAGUUGUCAAACUGGAACCUCCCAAAAUAAAAGUCAUACCCGGCCUGGUGAAGAUCUCCGAUCCGGUCGUCAAAGUCAAAGUCAAAGUGACAAAAGAAAAAGACUACGAAGACCAUACUGAUAAGUACGACUAUUGAUUUCCAUUAUUGAAACAAAAUAAUAAAUAUUUAAACCUA